GAACAAGGGGCGGGAACCUCCCUUCCUGGAACAGGAAUCCAGCUGGGACACAGGCCACCAACACAUCCCAAGAGACUCUGCAGUGCCUGGAGCCAGAUUCAGAGCAUCUCACCAUCAGGGUGCUUCGAGGAGCAGUUAUGUCUGUCCUGUACCCUUCUCUGGAGGACCUAAAGGUGGGCCAAGUCAUCCAGGCCCAAGCCAGAGCCUCACCCAAGUUGUCUACUCCAUCGGCUCCGAUAGCUUCUGCACCCCCACUUUCAGAGCUGUACCCAAACUUGGCAGAGCUGGAGAGUUACAUGGGGCUGUCCCUCUCGAGCCAAGAAGUCCAGAAGAGCCUACCUCAGAUUCCAGAUGGUGACAAUAUGGUGGUCACCAGUCCUGGGCAUGGCCAGGUUAUAGCACCAGUCUCUGGGAACAACCUGGGUGUGUUACGUGCAGAGAUUAAGCCUGGGGUGCGUGAGAUCCACCUGUGCAAGGACGAGCGUGGCAAGACUGGACUGCGCCUGCAGGCUGUUGACAAGGGCCUUUUUGUACAGCUGGUCCAGGCCAACACCCCUGCAUCCCUCGUGGGGUUGCGCUUUGGGGACCAGAUCCUGCAGAUUGAUGGGUGUGACUGUGCUGGGUGGAGCACAUACAAAGCUCACAAAGCGUUGAAGAAGGCAUCAGCAGAGAAAAUCACCAUGAUUGUUCGAGACAGGCCAUUCCAGCGGACUGUCACUAUGCACAAGGACAGCUCAGGCCAAGUUGGCUUUUUCAUCAAGAAGGGGAAGAUUGUAUCUGUGGUAAAGGGAAGCUCUGCAGCCCGUAACGGACUUCUCACCAACCACUAUGUGUGUGAGGUGAACGGACAGAACGUCAUUGGGUUAAAGGACAAAAAGAUUACAGAGAUUCUGACCACAGCUGGAAAUGUCAUCACGCUGACCCUCAUUCCCACUGUGAUCUACGAGCAUAUGGUCAAAAAGUUGUCCCCAUUGCUGCUUCAUCACACCAUGGACCACUCCAUUCCAGACAUCUGAAGUCACAGCCCAGGCCCCCUGCCACCCUGCAGCAAUCCUCAGAUGACAGGUUGCAGCUGGCUUGCUGCUUGGGUCUGGGUACUGCAGGGGCAUGACCCAGGCGGAUGCCUAUUGAAUGAGUCUGUCAUGGCUGUUUUCAGGCCUCCUUGGGUCCUGACUCCUAGCU